AUGCCGGCGGGCAUGACGAAGCAUGGCUCCCGCUCCGCCAGCUCGCUGCCGCCCGAGCCCAUGGAGAUCGUGCGCAGCAAGGCGUGCUCACGGCGCGUCCGCCUCAACGUCGGGGGUCUGGCGCACGAGGUGCUCUGGCGCACCCUGGACCGCCUGCCCCGCACGCGGCUGGGCAAGCUGCGCGACUGCAACACGCACGACUCGCUGCUCGAGGUAUGCGACGACUACAGCCUCGACGACAACGAAUACUUCUUCGACCGCCAUCCAGGCGCCUUCACCUCCAUCCUCAACUUCUACCGCACCGGGCGGCUGCACAUGAUGGAGGAGAUGUGCGCGCUGAGCUUCAGCCAAGAACUCGACUACUGGGGCAUCGAUGAAAUCUACCUGGAGUCCUGCUGCCAGGCGCGCUACCACCAGAAAAAGGAGCAGAUGAACGAGGAGCUCAAGCGGGAGGCAGAGACCCUGAGGGAGCGAGAGGGGGAGGAGUUCGAUAACACGUGCUGUGCAGAGAAGAGGAAAAAGCUCUGGGACCUCCUGGAGAAGCCCAAUUCUUCCGUGGCUGCCAAGAUCCUUGCCAUCAUUUCCAUCAUGUUCAUUGUCCUCUCCACCAUUGCCCUGUCGCUCAACACGCUGCCCGAGCUGCAGAGCCUUGAUGAGUUUGGCCAGACCACAGACAACCCCCAGCUGGCUCACGUGGAGGCCGUGUGCAUCGCGUGGUUCACCAUGGAGUACCUGCUGCGGUUCCUCUCCUCACCCAAGAAGUGGAAGUUCUUCAAGGGCCCACUCAACGCCAUUGACUUGUUGGCCAUCUUGCCCUACUAUGUCACCAUCUUCCUCACCGAAUCCAACAAGAGCGUGCUGCAGUUCCAGAAUGUCCGCCGCGUGGUCCAGAUCUUCCGCAUCAUGCGUAUCCUCCGCAUCCUCAAGCUCGCACGCCACUCCACCGGCCUCCAGUCCUUGGGCUUCACCCUGCGAAGGAGCUACAAUGAGCUGGGCUUGCUCAUCCUUUUCCUCGCCAUGGGCAUCAUGAUCUUCUCCAGCCUUGUCUUCUUUGCCGAGAAGGACGAGGAUGACACCAAGUUCAAAAGCAUCCCGGCCUCUUUCUGGUGGGCCACCAUCACCAUGACGACGGUUGGGUAUGGAGACAUCUACCCCAAGACUCUCCUGGGGAAGAUUGUCGGAGGACUCUGCUGCAUUGCAGGUGUCCUGGUGAUUGCUCUUCCCAUCCCGAUCAUUGUCAAUAACUUCUCUGAGUUCUACAAGGAGCAGAAGAGGCAGGAGAAAGCAAUCAAGCGGAGAGAGGCUCUGGAGAGAGCCAAGAGGAAUGGCAGCAUUGUCUCCAUGAACAUGAAAGAUGCUUUCGCCCGGAGCAUCGAGAUGAUGGACAUCGUGGUAGAGAAAAAUGGAGAAAAUAUGAGUAAGAAGGACAAAGUACAAGAUAAUCACUUGUCUCCCAACAAAUGGAAAUGGACAAAGAGGACACUAUCUGAAACUAGCUCAAGUAAGUCCUUUGAAACCAAGGAGCAGGGGUCCCCUGAGAAGGCCAGAUCAUCUUCCAGUCCUCAGCACCUGAACGUCCAGCAGUUGGAAGACAUGUACAAUAAGAUGGCCAAGACCCAAUCUCAACCCAUCCUCAAUACCAAGGAGUCAACAACACAGAGCAAACCAAAGGAAGAACUUGAAAUGGAGAGUAUCCCCAGCCCUGUAGCCCCUCUGCCCACUCGUACAGAAGGGGUCAUCGACAUGCGAAGCAUGUCGAGCAUCGAUAGCUUCAUUAGCUGUGCCACAGACUUCCCCGAAGCCACCAGAUUCUCCCACAGCCCUUUGGCCUCACUCCCCAGCAAGACUGGGGGUAGCAUGGCCCCAGAGGUGGGCUGGCGGGGAGCUCUGGGUGCCAGUGGUGGGAGAUUUGUGGAGGCCAACCCCACCCCUGAUGCCAGCCAAUGCUCUUCUUUCUUCAUUGAGAGCCCCAAGAGUUCUAUGAAGACGAAUAACCCCCUGAAGCUACGAGCACUUAAAGUCAACUUCAUGGAGGGUGACCCCAGUCCACUAGUCCCCGUUCUGGGGAUGUACCAUGACCCUCUUAGGAACCGGGGGGGUACAGCUGCUGUCGCUGGGCUAGAGUGUGCCACACUCUUGGACAGGCCUGUACUGAGCCCAGAGUCCUCCAUCUAUACCACAGCAAGUGCUAGGACACCCCCCCGGUCGCCUGAGAAACACACAGCAAUAGCAUUCAACUUCGAAGCAGGUAUCCACCAGUACAUUGAUGCGGACACAGACGAUGAGGGGCAGGUUCUCUACAGUGUAGAUUCCAGCCCUCCCAAGAGCGUGCAUGUGAGCACCAGUCCCAAGUUCAGCGUCGGGACAAGAUCAGAGAAGAACCACUUUGAAAGCUCCCCCUUACCCACCUCCCCUAAGUUCUUAAGGCAGAACUGUAUUUACUCGACAGAAGCAUUGACUGGAAAAGGCCCCAGUGGUCAGGAAAAGUGCAAACUCGAGAACCACAUCUCCCCCGACGUCCGCGUGUUGCCAGGGGGAGGAGCCCACGGAAGCACACGGGAUCAGAGCCUCUGAGCUACCCUACCUGCAGCAGAGACUUGUGGCAAGACCCAAGAGGCGUGCUGUUCGGCUGACCUGCCGCAGAGCUUUUCCGCACGAACUCAGACAGACAGGCUCUGCAGAGCCCCCAGGCAGAAGAGAGACUCCAGAGGAGGCUCCCUAGGGCCUGGAGAGCCAUGACAGGUACAGCAGGAUGAAGUGGGCCAAGCCACAGGUUAUGGCGUCUCCUUGUAACAACUCUGCUGCCCUCUUUGGGAGAUGACAUGGGCAGAACUCAUAGCCACCACUACCACAUGCUAGACCUCACCAAGACUACCUAGUCCCCGCUUUUCUGUCACGGCUCUCCAUCGCAGCCUCAGGGGGCAACAUCUCCAUCCCUUGGGCUUCGGCUGGAGACGGACGCUGGACAACAACAAGUGGCCGGGUUGACCAAUUUCGUUUUGGGCAUUGCCCAGCCACCUCUAGGAACUCCUGUCCAUCGCCUCCUGGAUGGAUCCCACUGUCAGAAGGCUGCAGAGGAUGCUUGUGUCGUGGGGAAAUUUCUGCGCCAUAAACCACGGUCCCAGCGCAAAACCCUUCCUCAGAUGUCUUCAUCGACUUCAGUGUUCCGUAGUACCUGAGAUUUUAUUUUGAGAUAUCAUCAGGGUGAGUUGCACCACUUGUUCCCGAUUCUAAUUGCCCCCCGGCAACGUGGGAAGGGUUCAGACGGCAGGCACUCAGCCAACAGUGUGAACUGUGAACAUUGCUUUAGGGUUGUAUAAGGAAAACCCUCUCUGUACAUCACUAGCAUAGACUCAAAAGAUAUGCAAGAGUCAAAUAUGCAAAAGAAAUAGCUUAUUCAAAGAGACUGUAUGUUACCGAAGAACAGAAUAAAAUCUGAUUUUUUUUUUUUACCUACAAAAAUGGAAAAAAAAAAAAAAUCCCCAAUUGAAAUGCCCAGUUCAGACUUUUGAAUACUUCCUGUGGCAGCAGGGAAAGCAUCUACUAUGAUAGAAAUUCUUUUUUGUUUCCUGUGGUAUUCAAGUUUAAAAAAAAAAAAAAAGUUAAAAUAAAAAGCACUUUAUGUUUUUCAAAAAUAGGUUCUACCAGGGACAGUGUCAACAUCUUGCACUUUAAAACAAGCACUAUUUCCCGUGGGCCACUUUUUGGGACUACAGUUGGGCUGUUAACUACAUGCCUGUGUCAGGCCACGGUGGGUGAUGUGCGGGUAUUGCUGUCCGCCAUGUUGAAGUCUGUGGGCUCCUUCCCUGUCCCUCUGAAGCUUCCUGUUGGCCCCCUUGCGAGGAAGGGUACUUGAGCCCUGGAGUGGGGCCUCUCACAGAGUCCCGUGUGCAGGAGACACGCGCAUCUCGGAAGAACACAGUAGGCGGUGGGCACUGGGUGUUUACUCUGUUCUCUUUCUCGUCAACCAGCUGUUGGUAUGUUUUCAGUGUCACUGUCUGUACUAAAACUCAGCUCUCCUUUCUGCAGCCAUCAAUGCAGCUAGUACAGACAAAAGCAAUAAGUAUUUGUGUGCGUUGUGAGUGGUUCCGGUGUAUUUCUUGGUGUUGGUCUCCCUGUCCUAGUUCGACGACCUGGCGUUGGCCUGCCUGAUUUGGGUCCAGUAAGGACGGUGGUGUUGGCCGUUCCUCAGUUCAGACACAUUGGGUUGAGCCACCGGUUAGCAUGAUGCCCUGCUGUUGGCCCAUCUGUCAGUCAAGAUGACGUAUCUGCCUGUCUUUAGUACAACGGACCGAUGUGUUUCCCUAAAUACAACGUGGAUGGACGAUGUCCCAAGUACAGUAGUGUAGAUCUGCCGGUCCACAACACGGUGA